AUGAUCUCCAACGCACUCUUCUCGACCCUCCUCGCCCAGCUGUGCUGGUUCGCGACGUUUGCGCUCGCCGCGCCGGUUGACACGGUCCAUGUCGAGGGUGGUAACGCGUGGCAGUAUGGAACUGGUGGUGGGAUUAUUGGUCUGAUUGUGUUGAUUCUGGAUAUCAUUGUCUUCAUUGAGGUCUUCCAGUCUAGCAGAUCCCCCUCGUCCAAGCUUCUCUGGUCGCUGGUUGUGUUCCUCUUCCCUGUUGUUGGCAUGAUUAUUUACUACGUCUUCUCGAACCGCUCGGCUCACAACAGCAGGAAUGGAUAUGAGACUUUGACGCAGGGUUAA